AUGGGUGCGCCUAAGUCCUCCAAGUAUCCUUUGACCGAUGCGGUCAGGGGUAUCGUCUAUGAAGGCCUCAGCCUGGAAGAGACCUUCACACAAAUCUAUGCCACAGAGGCCUGGGGCAGAGGCAGUGGUGCAGGCAGCGUGCCAGUGCACUGCUUGAAGUGGAUUGAAUUUGUGCGAACAUUCAUCAAGGAGAACUCUAUUCAAUCCGUGGUGGACCUCGGAUGUGGAGAUUGGCAAUUCAGCCCCUAUAUCUACCAUGACCUGGGUGUGGACUAUGUUGGCUAUGAUGUGGUUUUGCCAGUGAUCCAGGAGAACCGCGCACGCUGGGCAGAAACGGCCUUUGCGCGGUCGACUGUGCGCUUUGAACACUUGGAUUUCUCGCAGCGGGUCUCAGAUGUGGACGACGCCGAGCUCUACAUCUUGAAGGAUGUUUUGCAGCAUUGGUCCUCCAUGCGCAUCCAGCUGUUCUUACAGGAGCUGCGGAGCAGCAAGCCUGCCAUGAGGUUCAUUUUGCUUUGCAACUGCGCAGCACCAGAGGACUGGCCCGAGGACGACUGCAAGGAUGGCGGAUGGCGGCCUUUGUUCGCCAAAAAUCCACCCUUGAAGGACUUUGACCCAGAAGUCUUGCUGCGCUUCCCCUCCUUGCCAAACAUGAAGGCCUGCAGCAGUUGGGCCAACAACUGGGCGCUGAAGCGGACUUAG